CGCUCCUCACUGGUGGGCGUUGAUUUUAAAACUUCUCUCUCAGCUUGAACAAACACAUAGUGGAUUUCAUUCUGACUGUCAGCUCACGUCACCGGGAGAAAAUGACGACAUACACAGACAAAGGUGAAAAGCACGAGCAGGGCAGGUUCCUCUGCUUCGAUCACUUAACUUUCUGGGUUGGAAAUGCAAAACAGGCUGCAUCAUUUUACUGUAACAAGCUUGGAUUUGAGCCUUUGGCUUACCAGGGUUUGGAGACAGGCAACCGAGAUGUGGUAUCCCAUGCAGUCAAACAAGGCAAGAUCAUUUAUGUGUUCUCAUCUGCCCUGAAUCCUGGAAACAAAGAGAUAGGAAAUCAUUUGGUCAAGCAUGGGGAUGGAGUGAAGGAUGUUGCAUUCACAGUGGAGGACUGUGACCUCCUUGUGCAGAAAGCCCGUGAGCGAGGUGCAGUUAUUGUGAAGGAGCCUCACACUGUGGAGGACAAGUACGGUAAAGUCAGGCUGGCUGUGCUGCAAACGUACGGCGACACCACACACACGUUUGUGGAGAGGACAGGAUACACUGGAUUGUUUCUGCCAGGAUUCCUGCCCCCUCUGUUCAAGGAUCCUCUAUUAGCCAAACUUCCAAGUGGGAAACUGGACUUUAUUGAUCACGUUGUGGGAAACCAACCAGACGAUGAGAUGGUUCCAGUGGUGGAAUGGUAUCAGAGGAACCUUCUCUUUCACCGCUUCUGGUCGGUGGAUGACAAGCAGAUGCAGACAGAGUUCAGUGCCCUGCGCUCCAUCGUGGUGGCAAACUAUGAGGAGACAGUGAAGAUGCCGAUCAACGAGCCAGCCAUCGGGAAGAGGAAGUCUCAGAUCCAGGAGUAUGUGGAGUACUAUGGAGGUCCAGGGGUGCAGCAUAUAGCCAUGAACACAUCAGACAUAAUCCCGGCAAUUCGUAACCUUAAGGAGCGCGGGAUGGAGUUCAUGUCCGUGCCGGACACCUACUACGAGCAGCUGACAGAGAAGCUGAAACACUCAAAGGUCAAGGUCACAGAGGACCUGAAUGUCCUGCAGGAACUGAAGAUCUUGGUGGACUACGACGACAACGGCUAUUUACUUCAAAUCUUCACCAAGCCCGUUCAGGAUCGCCCCACUGUGUUCCUGGAAGUCAUUCAGAGACACAACCAUCAGGGCUUCGGUGCAGGAAACUUCAAAUCUCUUUUUGAAGCUAUCGAAACCGACCAACAUGCCAGAGGAAAUCUGACUAUCCUGACACCGAAUGGCGUUUCAAAGAACAUGUAAACUAUCAAUUCAAUAUGAAAAGACACUUUCUGUUGAGGGUCCUGUUUACUUGUGUUUGUCGAUGCUCUUAUUCUUUCUUUUUUAUUAUUAGAAUCCAGUCUUUAUUUUGUUUCUUCAUUAGUAAGAAGAGAACAUCACAACCAGACAGUCAAAAUGCAACUCUUGUUAUAAAAUAUUAACAACACAACCAACAUUAUUGAUAAAAGCUUGACUCAAGCAAACACCAUUUAAGCUCUCGUUAAUGAAAACAUUUAACUAUACAUUUAGCUUAACAUUUGGACAAAAUGGUCAAUCGAUAUUUCCUUGUAACAGAGGUCUCUAGUGUGAUGCUGCUCGGAGUGCUCAUUCCUGGCCUCAAUGUUGGAAGAGACAACAAUUGCAAUGUAUGGAAAAAUUGGUUGAAAUUUGUCCAUAAACUUUGACGUACAACCAAAUAUAUUGUUUUGUUAUGCAGCUUUUCCUAUAAACUUGGUUUUAACUGUGGUUACCAGCGAUUGUCAUCGUGUGAUGUGCUUGAUACCAUUCCUGAGCUAAAUGCUGGUUGGGACAGUUUAUGAAAUCAUUAUUCACAGAGUAGCACCACCACUUUUCACACAGCCCUGCUCCAUCAUGCUGCUGAGCUCCUGUGUGGCCUCCACUCAGUUAUUGUCUGAACAGUAAUAAAACAUUUUUGACACGUA